AUGAUUAAAAGGUUAAUAAACAAUAAAAAUGUAAACAAUUAUUUUAUAAAUAAAAAAAUUACAAUAAAGUAUAAUAAUUUUUGUUCAACAAUUAUACCAAUUAAAGAUAAGAUAAUAAAUGAUGAUGAUAAUAUUUUAAAAAAUCAUAAUAAUAAUAAUAUUGAAAUUAAUAAUGAAUUUAAUAACAAUUUUCAAAAAAAAAUAGAAAAAAUAAAAGAUGAAGAAGAAGAAGUUGAUGAAAAUCAAGAUAUGGAAUGUACAAGUGAAAAAUGUGGAUUAAUAUUUAAAAUACCAAAUAAACUUAGAGGUAAAGAAGGAUAUUGUCCAAAAUGUUCAAAUGUAAUGAUUUUUAAAAAACAUGCAUCAAAAUAUAAGAAAAUAUUAAAAAAGAGAAGAGAACUUUAUUCAAAUACAUUGCAUCAAGAAAUUAAAACCAUUAAAUCAUUUGAUCCAAUAAAGAAUAAACCAUUUGGUUUAAGUGUUUUAUUAGAGGAUUGUAGAAGUUUACAUAAUGUUGGUAGUGUAUUUAGAACAUCUGAUGGUGCAGGUUUCAAUCAUAUCUAUCUAUGUGGUCUCACAGGUCAUCCACCAAAUGAUCAAAUUUCAAAAUUAUCUUUAGGUUCAGAGGAUAUGGUUAAUUGGUCAGUCUCAAAUGAUUCAAUUGGUGUAAUAAAGAAAUUAAAAGAAUUAAAUGUAAAAAUUAUUGGUAUUGAACAAACUCCAAAUUCAGUUUCAUUAUUAAAUUCAAUUGAUAAAAUUAAAAAUUUAGCAUUAAUAUCAUCAUCAUUAGAAAAUAACAAUAAUACUAAUAAUAAUAAUGAGGAAGAAUAUCAUCCAAUAGCAAUUAUUAUGGGUAAUGAAAUUGCUGGUAUGUCUGAUGAAGCAAUUGAAUUAUGUGAUUUAUGGAAAAUAAAGAAUUAA